UCUUCACCGUCGACGGCCAGUACCGUGUGAACGACCGUGAAGUAAACCUCGAACGAAACGUGAAUCCGAUCUUUACUCUACUCGCGCGAUACUUUUGAAAAAAAUCAAACGAAGGGAUCUCGAUCAAAAUUGUGUUGUUUUUUUCCAAAAAGAGAAAAGUCUACCAGAAUUUUAUUAUAUUUUUGGGCCAGUAUUUUAAAUUAUAAUACAAAAAUCUGUGUGAGAGUACAAAAAUCUGUGUUUGUGUCUUAAAGAGUAUCCACAUCAAGGGAUCUUUCAUUAGCAGGAUGUAAAGAAGAAGAUCACGUUGACAUUGAUAGUGGUAGGACGAAGAAGAGGAAAGGGAGAGAGCAAAGGACGGUCGUGUCUUGGCCGAAAACUUGACGCUCGUUACACCAGACUGUUCCUCGGCAAGUAGGUCAAGCGGUGUGUGCGAGAGUGCGAGACACACAGAGAGAACAAGAUAGAGAGGGAGGAAAAAGGAGAAGAAGAAGUUGAAGAAUAAGGAUACGUCAAGAGGGAGAGAGAGAGAGAGAGAGAGAGAGAGAGAGAGAGAGAGAGAGAGAGAGAGAGAGAGAGAAAAGAGAGAAAAGAAUGGCGGACUAUGGCUGUGAAGUAGUCGCUCGCUGAUGACGAGUCGAGGCUCGUGAUCCAAAAUGGCGGCCCUCUAUCGAUUACACGAUUCCUUUCGUAUAGGAAAUUUAAUAGGAUUUGAUAAAGCUUCUGAAUCCUGAAGGAAGUAUAAUCAUCCAGUUGGCCUUGAAAUAUCUACCUUCCUAGAGGACGAACCAAUCAUCGUCCUCUUUUCUUUCUCUUUCUCUCUCCCUCCCUCCCUUCCUCCCUCCCUCCCCCCUCUCUCUCCCUCUUUCUUUUCUUUCGACGUUUCGACUACGCCGCCUAGCAGAACGAGGGUCUAACAUGUCGAGAUUGACCGGUUCGAAGGCCUUAUCGGCCUUGACCAUUCUCCUCGUAACCGCCGCUACCUUGGCCAUACAAAACGAUCGAACAUCCUCUAGAUCGUCUCAAGAUGAUCCGGUUUUAAGUGCGAGCUCUUACAUGGGUCCUCAAAGGACGACCUUGAGUUCCGAUCGACGGGACGAGUCGUUGACUUUUCACCGAACUUCUCCAGCUUUUCGAUUGGAGACUUCCAAGAGCGUCUACAGUUACGAUAAUAAAAAUGAAAUCAGAGAGUCUCGUUCCGAAGAACCGAUCGAUCAGUUGACUUCUUCAAAGCACGUCGAUCAUAUAGACGGUAAUAACAUCGAAGUGAAGUCCGGAGAAUAUUAUCGCAAUAUAAUACCAACGACGAGUCGAUCGAUUUCGGGGGAAGGACAUGGGGCUCCGCAGGGACGGAAUCUCUUGACGGAGCCCCAUCAGCCGGUUGGAAUCCAAGACCGACCAGUACUCUAUUUGCAAGGAAUAGACCAACCAAGACAACCUCGCCAAGAGAAGAUUUAUAGCGAACACGCGCCACCGCCUAUUCUACAAACUGCCUUGCCUGGUAGACAAGCCAAUCCUGAUAUUCAGGACAUCAUUACGGGUAUCGUAAAACUUUUGAACGGGAAUGUCAAUGUGGCUGCUAAUACUGUAAGACCGUUGAGGCCGAUCCAAGCGACGAGGAUCAACAAUAGAGGACCGCCGAGAAUUUCGGACGUUCCUCCUUUACCACCGGACUUUGAUACGCCUGGUAUGAAUCCUCCUCCUCCACCGGACACUCCUUAUCCGUUUGACAAGCCACCGAGUCCUGAGAGGCCACUGAUCAAUCAGUUACCACCGGAAAGGCCGAUCAGGCCUUUCUUGAACGGUGUACCUUUACCGGAACAAAUUGUACCUUCGGGAAAUCGUCCUUGGUCCUGGAACAGGCCUGGUGUUCACAGACGACCGAUUCCAGCGUACAAACCUCUACCAGCGAAUUUAGAUUCUAGCUUCCAUCGGGACAAGGAUCAUCUGAGCAACGAAAAGCACACCGAGAAGCCGCAUUUUGAUUUGAACCCAGAUCAACAGCAGAUUGAACUCAAUACGACCAACGAGUCUGCGAACGUGAACGAUGGCGUCGCGACGAAUCACAAAACGAUAGAAAAUAAAAUAGGAAAUAGUCCUAACCUGGAGGAGCAGGAAAGUCCUGCGAAUCCGACGAAGAAAGGAGAACACGAUGAUUUUACGAAAAAGAUACACAAGUAUCAAUCUCACAUGAAGGAUAAGAUAAAUAAUGACAAUACUCUCGUGUUGGGUGCCGAACAAGAGGAAAAUGAGAAUCAACCUAGCAGCGUGAUACGAUAUACGGAUUUUCCAAAACCCGUCAUAUCUUUGAACAGUCAAGCCAAGGACACGAAGAUUGCGAAAACAAGUCAAGUCGCGAUAUCUUCAGUCGUCAACUCGAAGAACGAAGAAAGCAAACUUGACGUUGCGUUCUCGAGUAGCAUCAAACCUACGAAAUCGUUCCCAACGAGCACUUUGAACGUUGAAACGAGCUCGUCGGUACGAGUGAUCGAACCGACGCCAACAAAGACGGACGUUCGGCCUACUUCUGUCCCUUCGAACGACGAUUCGAGUAAACCUUUCGAAACGUUAACGACGACGACGACGACGACGACGACGACGACGACGACGACAACGACGACGACGACUACGACGACGGAAUUAGAGCCGAGUAGUACGUUUAUCGAAUCGGGAAGCAUAGAAAUUAGAACGACUUCUUCGACGCCAACGGAGAGUUUACCUACAACGAUUGUCAAAACUAUGAGCACCACUCAAAAAAGUAUGAUUCAUUCUUCGACGAGCAGCAUCUUUUCGAAAAAUACAGCUCCUACGGAUCGAUAUUCCUAUCGACCUCGGCCUGGAAUAGUACUAGACGAUACCUUGGAUUACACGGGAACCCCAGGAUUGGCUACGCAAAGACCUUACCCUUCGCCAAGACCCACGUCCUUGGUCGACAUAUUCGACGUCACCGUUUCCGCGGUUCAAGGUCCUGGUGGAAGUUCUGGAGAUGGCGUUAGGGUAUCUAUAAACGGAGGAAACGCCGAUGUUAUUCUCACUUCUGCCGUGGAAGGUCAAGGGUUUGUAAGUAUCGACGGUAAAAGGACCUAUCUGAAUUUGUUCGAUAAUACCGAUCGAACUUCUACAUCCUCGCAAGUGAUACCUCAACCAACUAGAACUCAGGCUCCGCAUGUCGUCGGCACCGGUCUAGCGAUCCCGCAACCUGACACUCCGAGCAUCAAUCAACGUCCUGCCUUAUUGUCACCAAGACCGAAUUAUCCAAAACGGCCGACUCAGCCUCCCGUUAGGAUAGACACUUGUAUAGUCGGCGAUAGUAGUACCUGCGAUGCGAGUCAACACGAGGCAUGUGCAACUAUUCAAGGUGUAUCAGCGUGUCACUGUAAACCAGGAUACGCGAGAUUACAACAUUCUCUCCCAUGUAAAAAAAUCGUCAGUAUCGUGGUAUCCAUUAGGAUAGACAGAUUUUACGAUAGAAAGGUUGUCUGGGAUCGUGGACUCGCUGACAAGGAUUCCGAAUCUUAUCAAACGUUGGCUUUCGAAGCAAACAGAGCCAUCGAGUCUGCGAUGUCUAUGACGCCUUUCUCGGACGAGCAUAUGGGAUCGUCUGUAAAUUCUGUAUAUCAAGGUGACGUGAGUCAAGGACAAGGAGGAGUCUUUGUAAAUGCAACCUUGAAACUCAUCUAUGAACCGAGAACAGUGCGACCUAGUUUGGCUGGCGAAUUGCAGAAACAACUUCUCGGCGUCAUUCAUAGAAGAAACAAUAAUAUUGGAAAUAGCGCGCUGUACGUCGACAGUCCUCGCGGAUCGAUAUCCAAUUUGCAAGACUUGGACGAGUGUGCAUCCUCGGAAUUAAACGAUUGUCACUCUUAUGCAACUUGUACAAACACGUGGGGUGGUUUUACCUGUACUUGCAAUCCAGGAUUGAAAGAUCCCCAUAAAGAUGAUUCGAACGAAGCUGGUAGAUCGUGCUUAUCUUGUCCUUCGACUCAUUGCAACAAUCGAGGGACGUGUUCCUAUCAAAACGACCAGAUGCAAUGCGCAUGUACUGGUAAUUACUAUGGUACUCAGUGCGAAGUCGACGGCGAAGUUUUGGGGGUUGCGAUAGGUGCCUCUGUCGCGGCCUUAAUAAUCAUAGUCUUAACUUUGGUUUGCCUCGUGAUGUGGAGUCGGAGAUGGUCGCGCGAACAAAAGUCCGUCGGUUCGCCCGUUUAUGGAUACAUUCAAGGUGGAAUACCUGGGACGCUUCCUGGUACGUUGGCUAGAGUGGGCUCGGUUGGGACUUUAGCAUCGGUGAAGCAAGGACCGCCGCCUAAUCUACCACCCUAUAUGUUGGCACAUUUUGCCGAUCACAUGGCAACCGCGAAUAUCUAUGCCACCGAACCUAUGGGCCCGACAAGACCGAGCUCUGCAAUGUUCGGUUAUCCACCGAUCAAUGUUCACGGAACGUUACCUCCGGUUCCAUUACCAAGACUUCAAGCUCCGCCAAGGCCGAGACAAAGACAUCAACCGGAUCCGGAUAGUUCGGACUCGGAACCGCAGGACAAGGAUAGGGCCGAUUUGAUACCACAGAGCAACGGGUUCCACGUGCCCAGGCCAAAGUCCAGGUCGUCUUUGGCGGUGAGCAUAACAAAACAACGUAUCAAUCAAAGUGGAAUCUACAACGACGUGGAGUACGAUCAAGGCGAUGUUCAGCACCUGUCCAAAAACAAUAUACCAAUGUCCACCUAUAGACCGUAUUAUAGAACGUGAAAUUGUAAUAUGAGUCGAUUUUAAUCGACUUUCAUACAAUUUCAAGGAAAUAGUCUUUAAAUGGGAGAAAUAAACGGAAGUUAUCGGCCCUGGCUCGUGACAAGUGUCUUCCGUGUACGCAUUACGAUGCGAGAGAACUGUAAAAUAAUAAAACAAAACGAGACUCUACAUAUUAAGAUUAUUUAAGCGUAAAUACGAGCAGAGUUUCAAUGGGUGUUCCCUUGCGGCGAUGGAUCUAUUUUGCGAAGCUUCAUUUUUAGAAUUUCUCUUUCGAUGAGCGUACAACAAGUAUACGGUGGUUUCGAUGGCCAAUAUACAAAAGUUUAAAACGAUUGGAAGAGUUAAUGCUAUAAUCCAUUACGUAAUUUUUGUAAUUACAUAUUAUAUAUAUAUAUAUUUUUUUCAAGUUGAAUACAAUAUACAUUUUGAAAAGUUAA